GUUUUUCUUUAGGAACAAAUUGUGCAUUUGAAGACUCUCAAUUACUUUCGAAUGCUUUAGCUAAUUUUGAAGAAGCUAAUUGGAAAGAAAAUAUUCGAAAUUAUGAAUUAGGAUUAAGAAGCCGCGGAUCUUUUUACGUGAAUCUAACAAGAGUAGAAUGUCUUGAACAACAUCAAAUUUGUGAUAAUUGGUUGAGUUCAAUGAUUCGAAUCUUUAUCUUUGUUUACAAAAGUUCAAUGAUUUAUAUUAUUUCUUGGUGGAAUGGUGAUGGAAAAGAGUAUAACGUUAUUAAUAAAGAUGAUUAA